UGGUGCCGAGCAUUGGGAUCUUGGGAGACAGACAGUCUUCCAGAACUGUCACAGUGCUCUGCAAAGCCACGUUCCUGUGUUCACCUCCCAGCACUGGGGAGUAGGGAGUUGGAGCUCUGCCCUACCCACCAGUCCUCAAGCAAAUGCCAUGGAAACUGCACUUACUUCUAAUGGCUGUCUCAUCCCAGAGGACUGCACCCUCAGGACCUUUUUCUUUCUUAAGAGGGUUUGUUCUUGUGGACGUCUGGAUGCCUGGCUGGGAGAAGGAGCCAGUUCCACCAGCCCAUGAGCUUUGCUGGAGGCAAGGUCAGUCAGACAGGCAGCACAUUUUGGGCAGCAAGGCUCUGUAAGCCUCCAGCUGGUGGAAGAGGACCAGCCUCCGGGUUGAGCAGGGCCUUGACUCCAAAGGACUUGGAAGAGGAGGAAGAGGAAGUGGAGGCCAGAGUAGAGGACAGACGGACCCUGAGGCCUCUGCAUUCCCAGCCUGGGGCCUGGGCUUCCUGUGUUUGGCUGCCGUGUGAGGCUGGCUAAUGAUUAAGAAGGAACUAUGCACCCUGAAGAGCUCCCUGGAGUGGGAGGCCGCAUCUGUGUUUAUAACACAGCCUGGGGUGUGACACAGCCAUUUGGUAAGGAACUUCUGGUUCUGGUGAGGCAGAAUCUCAGGACUCUCUAGUGGCCAGACAAGAGUGUGUUUCUACAUUUGUGUGGAGAGAGGACAGCAGUCACAAAUAAGCCUUUAGGAAAUACAGCGCCUUUGCUGAAGCCCUACGGAGGGCUUACCUGUCAUCUGGGGUGGUUCAUGACAUGUCUAGCAUAUAGGUGAUCUAACCCUGAAUCUUCCAGGAGGACACAUCAGUACUGGGCCAGGAAGAACAUAUAGAGAUGCAGGGCUGCAGGAAUUCUGUGCUGACCAUGCUGGUCAUCCUGGCUGGGCUGGCAGGUUCUGGAUCUGGUUAUGGAGUCAUAGAAGGCCCCCAAAACGUAACAGUCCUGAAGGGCUCCCAGGCUCGCUUCAACUGCACUGUCUCCCAGGGCUGGCAGCUCAUCAUGUGGGCGCUCAACGGUAUGGUGGUGCUGAGCAUCCGGCCCACGGAGCCCAUCAUCACCAAUGACCGCUUCACCUCCAAGAGGUAUGAUCAGGGUGGGAACUUCACCUCGGAGAUGAUCAUCCACAACGUGCAGCCCAGUGAUUCAGGGCACAUCACAUGCAGCCUCCAGAACAGUCUCCUGCAUGGGUCUGCUUUCCUUAUGGUCCAAGUUAUGGGAGAGUUGUUCAUUCCCAAUGAUAAUCUUGUAGUCGUUGAGAAUGAACCUUGUAGAGUUACUUGUCGAGCCUUGAACUGGCCCGUGCUCCCGGAUAUUUUCUGGGAGCUCGGUGCCCUGGUCAGCCAUUCAAGCUAUUAUUUUGCUCCGGAGCCCAGCGACCUUCAGAGUGCAGUGAGCAUCCUGGAUCUGAUCCCACAGGGCAAUGGGACUUUGACUUGCGUGGCUACCUUGAAGAGCCUGCAGGCCUCCAAGUCUGCAACUGUAAAUCUCACUGUGAUGCGGCCUCACCGAGACGCUGGAGGAGGCAGAAGUAGCUAUCCAGUUUUUUUACCAGGCUUGGGUUUUUCGUUGCCUACUUGGGCCAAAGCUGCACUUGGACUAUCAGGCGCCCUGCUCCUGACGCUGACGUGCGCCCUUACGAUUCGCUGCUGCUGCCGCUGCUGCUCCUGCGGCUGCUGCUGCCGCUGCUGCUGCUGCUGCUGCAGAAGAAAAAGAGGAAUUCGCAUUCAAUUUCAAAGAAGGAAAUCUGAAAAAGAGAAGGAUAAAAAAGAAACGGAGACAAAAUGUGGAAAUAAAAACCCUGACGGCAGUUCGGAUGAACCGAAGGCCACAGAAACUGAUUCUCUCCCUCCUAAAUCCUGUGAAUCCAGUGAUCCUGGACAAAGAAGCAGUAGCUGUGCCCCCCCUCAACAGGAGGCUGAUCAAUGUCUGCCCAGGCCAGCAAAUCAUCCACAGGCUUCUUUUAAUCUGGCCAGUCCUAAGGAAUUCAGGAAUACAACUUUAGUAUAGCAAAGACUUCAUCAAGCUACACUGAACACUUGGUUGACAAUUUACAGCAUGGUGACGGCAUCCUUCCUUUCCAUCCUGAGACUGGCCUGCAGCUCUGCCAACAUUACCUGAACAGGAGAUGUCGGAGUCAUCAGAACUGAUACUUGACAGUGAGAGAAGGAAUCAAUUUUCCCAGAUUUCAAAGUAGAAUGUGACAUUUAAAAGGUUUCAAGGUUUCUGUGAAUUCCAUGAAGUUACCAAGUAAAAGCUGCAAAUUCAUCAUAAUUUUUCUCAACACUCGACACUCCCACUUGUUAAUCCAACAAAUGGUAGAUAAAAGUCAACAUUCUACCAUCACUUUAAAAAGUUUUGAUUAUCUUAAAGCAUAUGAAGAUGAUGAUAUUUGUACAUAUUUAAUAUGCAGGGGUAUACAUAUUAUCAGUGAAUUGUGAGUAUAAAAAUGAGGAUCAACCAGAAGUCUACAGUUGACUCUCAAAACCGAGCUCAGUUAAAAUAAGAUUCAAUCCUAAUAUGAAGAUGCAUGUUCCUUAAUAUCUCAUGAAGUAUUUACUUGAAGACAUUCAUUUUUAUCUGUCCCUUAUCAGACUUAUUUGAAUCUCCUCAAAUGAAUUACAUGUGACUUGUGCUCUGUAGAGGGUGGACCUCACCUACUAUGCAUACCAUGAAAAAACUGGAAAUGGGCAUUGUAGUCUUUAAUUAAUAAAAAGGAAAACACCAAAAAA